AUGCUAAUGGAUUUCCUUCUAAUUGGACUGUACUUAAAGUGGCCAUUGAAGAAGCCCCCUGGGUUGAUACUGUGUUUAUUGGGCAUUUUUCUGAGAACGGUUCCAUUGGUUGAGGGGGUUUGUCCAAGGAUGUGCCGCUGCGACAGCAAGCUGCUGUACUGCGAGGGGCUCAACCUCACAGACAUUCCCCGCAAUCUGAGCAGCGCCAUGGGCCUGUCCAUGAGAGAAAACAACUUGACCGAGCUGCGUGAAGGCCAACUGGCUGGUCUGUCACAGCUCACCUGGCUCUACCUAGAUCACAACAACAUUGACAUUGUAGAGGAGGGUGCAUUUGACAGGCUAAGACGGGUCAAGGAGUUAGACCUCAGCAGCAACCGGAUUGAGAGUCUGCCAAAUGGUACCUUCAGGCCCCUCCCAAACCUGCGAAUCCUGGACCUCUCAUACAACAGGCUGCAGGCACUAGAGCCUGACCUGUUCCACGGCCUUAGAAAGCUCACCAAUUUGCAUUUGCGCUACAAUGCUCUCAAAUUUGUGCCAGUGCGGAUUUUUCAAGACUGCAGGAGCAUGCAGUUUCUGGACUUGGGAUACAACCAACUGCAGAGCCUGGCACGGAACUCCUUCGCUGGCCUCUUCAAGUUGACUGAGCUGCAUCUUGAGCACAAUGAGCUAGUUAAAGUGAACCUAGCCCACUUCCCUCGCCUCAUCUCUUUACGUACUCUGUACAUGCACAACAAUCAUGCCACUAUUGUUGUCAAUACACUGGAAUGGACAUGGCAUUUUUUAGAGAAGAUUGACCUGUCGGCUAAUGAAAUCGAGUACAUUGAGCCACAUGUUUUUGAGAGUGCACCCAACCUUAAGGUGCUGAUGCUAGACUCCAAUCGGUUGACCUCUGUGGACCAGCGCAUUCUGGAUUCGUGGUCAUCUCUGGACAGUAUAACCCUGGCAGGGAAUGACUGGGAGUGCAGUCGCAACGUGUGUGCCUUGGCCUCUUGGCUGAGUGCCUUCAGAGGCCAGCGUGACAAUUCCCUGCUGUGUUCAAGCCCCGACACCGCACAGGGCGAGGAUGUGUUGGAUGCUGUCUAUGCUUUUCAGCUAUGUGAGGAUCGCCCAAUGGAGGUAACUACAGCAGGCCUGUACGCCUCUACAAGGGAUCUCCAGGGUGGCUCUGUUUUCCUGGGCCCAUUUACUCCCAACCCUUAUGAGGGUGAGGGUAGUGAGGUGGUCACCAGUUCUUUCACUGUCACAGUGGGCCAUGAAGACCUGGAUAGCACCAUGCAGAUCCACAAGGUGGUGACUGGGACCAUGGCACUCAUCUUUUCCUUUCUCAUCGUAGUGCUCAUGCUGUAUGUGGCAUGGAAGUGCUUUCCUGCCGGAAUAAGGCAAUUAAGGCAGUGCUUCAGCAGUCAGCGCCGUAAGCAGAAGCAAAAGCAAAGCAUGCAGCAGAUGGCUGCGAUUUCUACACCGGAGUACUAUGUUGACUAUAAACCUAACCACAUUGAGGGAGCUCUGGUAAUCAUCAAUGAAUAUGGCUCUUGCACUUGCCAACAGCAACCUUCUCGGGAAUGUGAGGUGUGACCCUGCUUUGUGAGUACGUCUUAACCUGUGAUUAUCUGGAUAUACAGUAAAUCCCCUUUGUUGGAUACACUGGAGGGGAAUAUUGCUGGACAGAAGGAAUAAAGAAAUCUUUUGGACACUUUUUACACAGCGUCUCACUGUGAUGUGAAGGAGUAUGUUUUGUGCGCCUGACUAUUUCGCAGUGGAUUUACUGCUACUGCUAUCUACUGAUGAUUUGAGGCCACAUGGCAUAAUGGGCGCCUGACUGUUGGACCUGUUGAUGUUCUACAGAAACAUAGAGAGGAAUACAUUGUGGGCACUGAGGCUUUUCUCUCAUGGGUGGAUAUUUGAGCUUUAAUGUGUCUUUCUACUUCAGGACAUUUAAUUAUUGUUUAAAAACAAACUGGGGACACACAAAAGAAGAAAAAACAAGAAAAAAACCAUUUGUAUUAUGGUAUACACAAUA